UUCACAUAGACACAGACCCAGGGACAGACCCACAGAAGCGAGCGGGGCACAGACCGAGACCCAGACCCAGACCCACACACCGGCUCUCAGCACUGGCCCGGCCCCGCAGCCAAGCGAACCUGGACGCUCCAAUGCCUCCUUCUCCCUUGGAUGAACGUUUGGUGGUACAGAUACUGCAAAGGCCCCGCACACUGGCACUGCAUCUUAACAAGGCUCCAUCUGUGGACAGGAGACUGUCCCACCGCAGCCCCCAGAGCCCUGACCUUCAAGAGCUGACACUCACUCCUGCUCUGGGACUCCAGAAGACUCAAGGACUCCCUGGUGGUGGGACCGAGAGCAAGGAGUUUGGCCAGCCGGCCAACAGCCACCCUCUGGACAGCAGGGUGUCUGCCGGGCACCCCCAGCACAUCAGGGACACCCCACAACUUUCCUUCAGAGCUCAGGUGCUGAGGAAACCUUCUCUGGUCCAGCAGCAGCCUGGUGGCGUUGGCCCGAGGAGCUGCUCAUCCCCACCUCACACAGCGGACCAGAGGGGAACUUUCCAGACAGCCCGACCUUGGGAGCGCCCCUGCUUCUCCAGCCCCGCGACCUCCUGCCUUGGCAUCAUGCACCCUCUGAAGUGUGGCUGCCGGGGCUGCUGGAGGCGGAUGAGACGGGACGAAUCCGGCACCGCCUCCUGCGUUCCCUGCAAGCCCAGCCUCAGGGCCCUGGGCUGUGGGCCAGCCCUCCGGAAGCUGGCCUGCUUCCCAGCUCUGCGCUCCCUCAGCUGCAUCACCUGCGACCCGUCCAUGAAGUCGGUCGGCUCCACCUGCAGCUUCUGCAGCAGCGACCCCAUCGUCACCUACGACCCCAGGGGGUCCAAGGCCAGCGGAGACGACGAUGACUACAACAUCCGCACCAUCUGGCCGGAGGAACUGGCCAAGAAGAUGACCCAGUCGAAGGUCCAGCAGCAGUCAGCCAUCAUCCUGGAUUGCCGUCAUCUGGUGGAGUACACCAAGAAUCAGCUGCAGGGGGCCAUGAGCCUGAGCUGGUCAGAGAGCUCGGGCAGGAGCCGGGCCGAACAGGGUCAGCUCACCGUCUUUGACCUUCUCUCCAGCAGGGAAUCCAAGCAGCCCUUCCAACCAAACUGGCCCCAGGACCCGAGCAGCUCUGAGCCGAGAUCCAGUAAGGCCGUCACUCCGCAUUCACUCCACCUGAUCCUAGAUUCACUCAGCAGAGAGGACAAGGAUGCGCUGCAUUUACCAGAUGGCGGGGGUGAGAAUAACGAGUUGACAAGACCAUGGGACCAAGAGGAAGACAGAUGUGGACAGGUAGCCGGUGACCCUCAAGCUAUGACCCCCUUGACCCCUGAUGUUGAAAAUGCAGAGCUGAGCCCCAUCGUUCCCUUCCUGUACCUGGGCAAUGAGCGAGACGCACAGGACCUGGCCAAGAUGCGGCAGCUAAAUGUGGGAUACGUGAUCAAUGUCACCACACAUCUGCCACUCUACCAUGCCCAGGUGGGCAAUGUGCGCUACAAGAGGCUGCCAGCCACUGACAACAGCAAGCAGAACCUCCGCCAGUAUUUCGAAGAGGCGUUCGAGUUCAUUGAAGAAGCGCACCUAUCGGGUAAGGGGGUUCUCAUCCAUUGCCAGGCUGGUGUGUCCCGUUCUGCUACCCUGGUCAUUGCCUACCUGAUGAAGCACACGCUGAUGACCAUGACUGACGCCUAUAAAUACGUCAAGGGAAAACGACCCAUCAUCUCCCCCAAUCUGAACUUCAUGGGACAACUGCUGGAGUUCGAAAUGGACCUCAACAAGGGGCUCACUCCCCGCAUACUCACCCCGAAACUCAGUGGGCUGGAGACCGAGGUCUAGGGCAUCCUGUACAAUCAUUCUGCCUCCGUCCAGUCAGCCACCAAACUCCAGGACAGAGCACCAAAGCCAGCGAAACCACACCGCGAUCGGAGUCCAAACCCUGGACGCUAGACAACUCUCCCUCUCUCCGACGUGGAUAACCUCCCAGCUCCAUGUUAGACUGGACCCUAGACAACUCUCCCUCUCUCCGACACAGAUAACCACCCAGCUCCAUGUUAGACUGGACUCUAGACAACUCUCCCUCUCUCCGACACGGAUAACCACCCAGCUCCAUGUUAGACUGGACCCUAGACAACUCUCCCUCUCUCCGACACGGAUAACCACCCAACUCCAUGUUAGACUGGACCCUAGACAACUCUCCCUCUCUCCGACACGGAUAACCACCCAGCUCCAUGUUAGACUGGACCCUAGACAACUCUCCCUCUCUCUGACACGGAUAACCACCCAACUCCAUGUUAGACUGGACCCUAGACAACUCUCCCUCUCUCCGACACGGAUAACCACCCAGCUCCAUGUUAGACUGGACGCUAGACAACUCUCCCUCUCUCCGACACGGAUAACCACCCAGCUCCAUGUUAGACUGGACCCUAGACAACUCUCCCUCUCUCCGACACUGAUAACCUCCCAGCUCCAUGUUAGACUGGACCCUAGACAACUCUCCCUCUCUCCGACACGGAAAACCAGCCAGCUCCAUGUUAGACUGGAUGCUAGACAACUCUCCCUCUCUCCGACACUGAUAACCUCCCAGCUCCAUGUUAGACUGGACCCUAGACAACUCUCCCUCUCUCCGACACGGAUAACCACCCAGCUCCAUGUUAGACUGGACCCUAGACAACUCUCCCUCUCUCCGACACGGAUAACCACCCAACUCCAUGUUAGACUGGACCCUAGACAACUCUCCCUCUCUCCGACACGGAUAACCACCCAGCUCCAUGUUAGACUGGACGCUAGACAACUCUCCCUCUCUCCGACACGGAUAACCACCCAGCUCCAUGUUAGACUGGACCCUAGACAACUCUCCCUCUCUCCGACACUGAUAACCUCCCAGCUCCAUGUUAGACUGGACCCUAGACAACUCUCCCUCUCUCCGACACGGAUAACCACCCAGCUCCAUGUUAGACUGGACUCUAGACAACUCUCCCUCUCUCUGACACGGAUAACCAGCCAGCUCCAUGUUAGACUGGACCCUAGACAACUCUCCCUCUCUCCGACACGGAUAACCAUUCAGCUCCAUGUUAGACUGGACUCUAGACAACUCUCCCUCUCUCCGACAUAGAUAACCACCCAGCUCCAUGUUAGACUGGACCCUAGACAACUCUCCCUCUCUCCGACACGGAUAACCAGCCAACUCCAUGUUAGACUGGACUCUAGACAACUCUCCCUCUCUCCGACACGGAUAACCACCCAGCUCCAUGUUAGACUGGACCCUAGACAACUCUCCCUCUCUCCGACACGGAUAACCUCCCAGCUCCAUGUUAGACUGGACUCUAGACAACUCUCCCUCUCUCCGACACGGAUAACCACCCAGCUCCAUGUUAGACUGGACCCUAGACAACUCUCCCUCUCUCCGACACGGAUAACCACCCAACUCCAUGUUAGACUGGACCCUAGACAACUCUCCCUCUCUCCGACACGGAUAACCACCCAGCUCCAUGUUAGACUGGACCCUAGACAACUCUCCCUCUCUCCGACACGGAUAACCACCCAACUCCAUGUUAGACUGGACUCUAGACAACUCUCCCUCUCUCCGACACGGAUAACCUCCCAGCUCCAUGUUAGACUGGACCCUAGACAACUCUCCCUCUCUCCGACACGGAUAACCACCCAACUCCAUGUUAGACUGGACCCUAGACAACUCUCCCUCUCUCCGACACGGAUAACCACCCAGCUCCAUGUUAGACUGGACUCUAGACAACUCUCCCUCUCUCCGACACGGAUAACCAUCCAGCUCCAUGUUAGACUGGACCCUAGACAACUCUCCCUCUCUCCGGAACGGAUUACCUCCCAGCUCCAUGUUAGACUGGACCCUAGACAACUCUCCCUCUCUCCGACACGGAUAACCACCCAGCUCCAUGUUAGACUGGACCCUAGACAACUCUCCCUCUCUCCGACACGGAUAACCACCCAGCUCCAUGUUAGACUGGACCCUAGACAACUCUCCCUCUCUCCGAC